UGGUCCGUUAAAACAGGAGUGAAGUCAUGGAUGUGGACAAGUACAGGAAGAGGAUCCAGAGUGAAGUCACCUGUUGCGUCUGCCUCAGUUACUUUACUCGUCCAGUAGAACUGGGCUGUGGGCACAACUUCUGCAAAACCUGCAUCUUGAGGUGCUGGGAGGAGUCUGGUGAGAGGACCAGGUGCCCCGAGUGCAGAACGGUUGUAGAAAAUGACUUCAAGCAAAACAGGCUUCUCGCAGAUUUGGUUGGAAUCGUCAGUGAGUGGGAUUAUGUUGCAGAGAGAGAUGCUCAAAGGAGGCGCUCAAAAUGUCAGAGGCACCAGAAGACCCUGGACCUCUUUUGCCGGGACAACGAAGCCCCCUUCUGUGGGGAGUGUGACACAUCCCAAGGGCACAGCGGCCACAGGGUGGUUCCUGUGGAAGAAGCCUUCCAAGACUACAAGGAUCAGCCCUACAGGUGCCUGGAGACCCUGAAGGAGGAGGAGGCAGAAAAACUGGCGUCUAACAGAACAGAAAAGAACAGUCACCGCCUGCUUGAGCAACUAAUGUCUGAUAGGCAGAAGAUGAAGGGUGAGUUUAGGCAGCUGCAUUCGUUUCUGGAUGGGCAGGAAUACCAACUGCUGAAGCAGCUGGAAGAGGUGGAGAAUGAGAUUGAGAGGAAACUCAUGCAGGAUCAUGGAAGCACUUCGCAGAGGCAUGAGGAGAGAUCGACAUUUGGGAGUACCAACAAUAUCCCUUAUGGAUUGAUGUGCAAAUUCUGGAACUUCGGUCAUAUCAAUACAUUUCUGGCAAGUUCCUUUCAGCAGUUCAAAGGCACUAUAAGGUCAGGACUCUCUGUGCGGAAAGGAUUUUACAUCAGGAGAUAAACUGCCACAGGGGCAAUUAGGCCCCCAAAAUGGACUUUGGGCAUGCCUGACCUAAGCUCACGAUGUCUAUCCUCCUGGCUAAUUCCUCUCUGGGUGACGCCAAUACCCCUCCUCCUUCACAAAACCUGCCUUCCCUCCUGCCCAUCCUUUGCGUGGGGCCAAAAACCUGCCUUGAGCUGCCUCUGGGGACACACCCCUUCAGAAAAAGAAGAGAAAUGUGUAGAAAAGUAACUUCCAGUGUAUUUCUUAAUUUUUAAAAUCAAAGGAUCGUUUGUGUGUCUGUGUAUCGAUGCCAUUAAAUAGAUGAGAACAAA